AUGGAAGACUUACGCACACUUCCGUCAAAAGAUGCAAAUGCAUUUUCACGUUUUGUACCCCGAGAAACAGCAACCGUACCAAAGUUCGCAACCUUCCUACCAACAGAAAGUACUUUGCCAAAGUCUCGGGAUCAAAUCAUCAAUAGCCCAAGAGCCGAUGUCUUCUUUCGGUAUGAUUAUAAAAGCAACAAUGGACGAAUUUCAACACAAAAACUAGUAACUGGCUCUCCAACUGGUUCCUUUUUUGAGUUUCAUGAUAAUACUUCCUCUGCAUUAUCAUCAUCUUCAAAUUCAAGAUCACCUUCACCGACAUCCCAUGACAUAAGUAGCAAUAACAGUAAUAAAUCGAAAGGGAAAGAGAAAUCUUUGAAAAGAAAGAAAAAACUCGGAAUUCUUGAUUCUGAUUUAUCUUCUGCUGAGGAAACGGAGGAUAAGAAAAUAUUAAAAGAGAGCAUCGAAGAUACUCAUAAAGCCUGGGACGCAUUCAAUAGUGUUCUUAAUGGAAAUGAUCCUCUUACAAAAACUGGGAAAAAGAAAAGGAAAGGAAAGGUCUCCAAUAAUAGAAUGCGUGGCGGUCGUGCAAGAAAAAGGGUUUCUGAAUAA